AUGCAACUUUGGGUAGCUAUCUCCAGCCUCAUACUACUUCUGACGGAUGCUGUAGUUUCUUAUGUUCAAGUGAAUGGAGUGGUGGGUCAUCCUGCCACACUACCCUGUACCUAUUCAACAGCUAGUGGAGUCACAACCAUGUGCUGGGGCAGAGGGGCAUGUCCUAUUUCCCAUUGCUUAGAAGAAAUAGUCUGGACUAAUGGAUCCCAUGUCACCUUUCAGAAGCACCUGCGUUAUAAGCUAAAAGGAAAACUUUCAGAAGGGGAUGUGUCUUUGACUAUAGAGAAUGCGGCCCAGACUGACAGUGGCCAGUAUUGUUGCCGUGUUGAGCACAGGGGGUGGUUCAAUGACAUGAAACUCACCCUAUCAUUGGAGAUAAAGCCAGAUGGGAAUGGCACUGUGACACAGUCUUCAGAUGGCCUUUGGCAUAACAAUCAAACUCAUGUGUCGCUGGCACAAAAUUCAUGGAUGACCACCAGUAAGGGACUCUACAUUGGCAUCUGCAUUACUGCUGUGGUAUUGCUCACCGUGUUGGUUGUGGUGAUUACCAAAAAAUAUUUAUGCAUAAGAAACAAACUGGAGCAACUAAACAUGGUUUCGUUGAACGACUCUCAGACUGGAGCUUUGCAAAGUGCAGCUGAAGUGGGUGUCCAAGCAGAAGACAAUAUCUACAUUAUCGAGGACAAUCUUUACGUCAUGGAUUAA